AUGAACAGCAGCGCCGGGCCAGAGUCGACUCGACCACAUACAUCACCUCGCGCCCGCUCUCCUGUGGAUCGAUCUCCAAGGCGAUAUCUCGACUCCCGCGAUUCCGAUACUUAUAGAGGGGCUGCGCGCGGCAGUGAUAGGCGCCGAUCGCCAUCGAAUUCAAGAGCGAACACUGCCGCAUUUAAUCACAAUCAAAAUCGAGAGCUUUUCUCAGAUAGGCAUAUACUUUCACGAGAUGCAAAUCGAGAUUCAUCAUUACGCGACCCCCCUCGAGGACCACGGGCUGGAUCCAAAAGUUAUAUUGAUCCCCCAAGCGGCCCUAGAGGCAAUAAUUUUGGUGAUGGAUAUCGAGGCGAUUUUGGAUAUCGAGGUGAUUUCAGAGGUGGCAGAGGUCGUGGUCGCGGAAGAGGUAGCUGGCGGGAUGAGAGUAGAGACCGCGAUCGGGAUCGGGAUCGGGAUCGAGACCGUGGCCGAGAAAUAGAAAGAGAGAGGGACUAUAGAGAUGUUCGAAGGGAUAAUAGAGGACCUUUGGUACCGUUUCGCGAUGAUCGAAGCCGCGAUCGAGAAUGGGGUGGUCGGGACAGCUUCAAAGGGCGAAGGCCUUCAUCUCCUCUUGGCAGGGGAAGAUCUCCUAAUUACAAUAGCAGAGAUACUCGUGAUGUACCUUCAAGCCUGGACCUUGAUCGUGCUCGAAGAGGCUCACGAGACGGUCCAAUGUCUGUUACCUCGCCUUCAUCCGAGUCAUCUCAACCAUUUGUUCAUGGCUACGGUAGGGCAAGGGGAAACGGAUUAGCACGUGGACGUGGACGACCUUACAAUUACGAUGAACACUAUCAUCGACCUCAAGUCCGCAGUAGAUCUCCUGAACCGAAUUUUCCACGUAGAACGCAACCUUCUGCAACUCCUCCUCCUCAAGUUCCUGCAUUUGGUUCAACUGGAGCAUCGGUCAGUAAAAGUCCUGUACCUGGUGUAUCGGUCCCAACUGCGCCCCGUUUUCUUGCCGGCCGUGGAGCUCCAGGCAGCCUCUAUGUUCCUGCGAAAUCUAUAAUUCCGCAGUCCAUCGAAAACCCCCCACUAGAUUCCAGAUCGGACACACAAGUUGUUGCAACACCAGAACAUAAAUUUGAUGAGGUAGUACGAAUUGACAAAAAACGUCGCCAGCGAAAGCCCUUAUUCGGUAGACGCCCACCUAAAAUACCGAUUAGUGAUGAUUAUUCCGACUCCGAUUUGGACCCCUUCAAUGAUGAUGACCCCGAGGAUGAGAUCAAUUUUGAGAGUGAACUAGCGGAGGUCAGGCGUAGCAUGAAUGAUGCUCGCAACAGACCCGACUUACCUCCUCUUGACCAGUUCUUUCUUGUCAAUUCGUUUCGAGAUCUGCCUUUGUUAUUAGACACAAGAGACGUUUCGAAUACUUUAACCCAAUCUGUUGGCUCUGAGUCCGCAAAGGAUACGCCUCACGUACCGACUGGGGGGGGAAAUAAAUCUGUAUCUGAGCUUGAACCUCACUCAGAGCCUCAGAAAGAGUCCGACGUAGUGUUGGACUCGACGAAAGAAAUGUCAUCGGCCGAUUCUAAGUCCUCUGUCGGUGAAGACCAACGUCCAGCUCCCCCAUUUCUGAAAUCACCCAUUCCAGCAGCAACAAUCGACUCGAGCGAAAAUGAAAAACAUCAACGACAUUCAAGUCAACCUCUAACUAUGGACCCAGGAAAGCCAGCUAUACCCUCCCAGGAACCACGAUUAACACCCAAUGCUGUCAUCAAAGAUUCCAAUUCCACUACUGAUGUGAUCACAAAAGAUUCUAUCCCCAAAGAAGCAGCCUCAACGCCAGCAAUUCAUCCUGCUCCAAUGCUCAUCGAAAGGAGCCAGUCGCCUUCUGAAGGAGAAUCUCGCACCCCCACCAAACCCACCGAGAUCGAUGUUGAUAUUUCCCAUCCCACAGUCACAAAAGCAGAUGCUGAGAACUCGAAGGACCCAUCCACUAAACAGAGUUCCUCCAAAGCGGGUGUAUUCGAAGAGACUUCCCUAAUAGAUGAUGCAUCUAAAGAUACCGCACCCUCGUACAUUCAACCUGCUACUAUUGAGCACACGGAUCUCCAGCCUUCUACGACUGAGUCAUCACUAUUAUCACGAACUGAUCUUGAAAAAAACACCUCCAACAACAUCCAAGCCCUCUCUAGCGUGGAGCUUCAACAUGCUAGUGCAAAUAUCUCUAGCUCAGAGAAGCCAUCUUCUCCUUCGUCAUCAAGAAACCAUUCCGAGCGUAUCUUGGAAUCGCUUGACGACAGAAGAGUUGUUGGAACAUCAACAGAUAUAGCACCGCCCGUGUCAGACGAAGCAUCAGGAUUAGCUGCUGAGAAGGAUAGAAAGUCAGAACCUGAACCAGUCUACAAAUUUCCAUUAUCUCUAGGAACUAUUGAUACUGAGAUCCUCCCAGAUGCUCAAGCACCUGAAGAUGAUUCAUUAAUCAGCCCCAGAACUCAGGCUCCGAUCCAAAGAUCAAUGGGUAAAGAUGCAGAUGGUGAUCAUCAGAUGGAGGGUACAGAGACAUUUGAAAAUAAUGAAUCUGCAAACCAGGAGGUAGUCAAUGACAUGGGCAAUUCCGGAGAAGAUAUUCGCCGGAUUCAAAAAGAUCAAGAUGGUCAUUAUGAUUCUGCACCACAAAAGAUGCCUUCGCCAGUACCACAGGCCCCAGAACUAACGAUGGAGAUCCCCGAAGAAAGCGAUGAUGAUGAAGAUGAAGCCGAACAAGCCGGAUUCCAACUUUUACGGCAAAAGCUUGUUCAACAAGAAGCCGCUCUCGAAGAGGAUCGCCAGUCUAAAAUUCUCGACGCUGUCAAGCACCCUAGGGAUACAAAGACACCUCCACCGGAAUCUUUGCCAAUGUAUGAUUAUAGUAAAUGGGACGAGGACCCCGAGUUCUUGAGCUCUCUUGAAAUUGCACCCGAUGCCGAACCCUCUCUUACGAGGUUUAUGGAAGAAAAAAUGGCGCAGAAAUGGAGAAGACAACAAGAAGAGGGGAAAUUGUGGGCGGACAAUUAUGCCAAAUACCGCACAUUUACUGAUAUGGAUAUGGAUCCAAUUGCUGUACGAAGUAGAGAAGCAUUUGCUAAAGCCCAAGACAGGGAAGCCGAGGAAUCGGUCGAACGAGGCAAAUCGGUAAAUGGUUCAGAUCCGAAGACAGAGGGUCAGCGGCGCACUGGGAGUAGAUUUGCGACAGACCACGACAUAGAACGCGUCCUUCGUGAAUCCGAGCGUGAAGCCAAAGAAUCGAAGGAACAGCAAGAGCAGGAUGCCAGGGAAGAGACCGCUAAUUCCAAGGAAGCGAGCAUUCCAGACAUGUGUUGGGAUGAUGAAUACAAAGAGACUAUGUUUGUAGAUACUACGCAUAGGGUUUCAUUUGAGCGAUCCUUUCGCAUGCUUGAAUUCGGAGAGUCCAUCGACAAUUUCACUGAAGAAGAGGCUCGGAUUUUUCGAGAGAAGUACUCCCAUUCUGGCAAGCAAUUUUCUGUCAUCGCAGAAAGCCUUCCAGAUCGUGAUUACAAGGCUUGUAUUCAGCACUAUUAUAUUAUUAAAACAACUGACGAAUGGAAAGCGAUCUUCAAGAAGAAAAAUAAUCAGGUUAAAACUGGUAGGAGGAAAGGAGCGAAAAAAUCUAGCGUCCUCAUUACCAACAUAGAGAAUGGAGGCGGUAAUGACACCGACGCUACACCUGAUGUCGAGAAUGGAAAUGAACGACGUCGACCUAGGAGAGCUGCUGCUCCAACCUGGAAUUUUGAAGCACCUCCACCAACUGACAAUGAAGGUGCCAGCCCUGCACCAACCCCAGCGAAAAGAGUUGCUACCCCAAAAGGAGAUGCGAAUGGCGACUCGGCUCCACCCAAAAGAAAAGUAAAGGUUCCACGAGAGAAGGUUCCAAAACAACCCAAGACUAGUCAACUUCUAGCAGCUGCCCCAUCUCCUGCUGCCCGCAACGAUGAUUCGCCGAAUCCUCCUCCAUCAACCGCUGCACCCGAGCCUACUCCAAUAAGACCUCCUGUAGCUCCUGCUCGCUUUCCUCCACAUGAUAACAUUGUUCCUCAACAACUUCCAGCAUUUUCGCCACUAUUUUUGACACCUGAAAGACUUACACUAGCUAAUCUAGAGGUUCCAAUUGCACCUGGACGUGUUGGAUCUGCCCCUCCAACAGCUGUUGAAUCUCAACCGGAUCGUCGUUCUACUGCCCAACAACAAACUUCAAGCUAUUGGAGUGUCCCGGAGGUGCAUGACUUUCCUGAAUUAUUACGACAUUUUGGUACAGAUUGGCAAGGAAUUGCAAAACAUAUGGGAACAAAAACACAUACCAUGGUCAAGAACUACUAUCAACGCUCGGUUGAUUCUGGAAGUAAAAAAGAAUGGGAAACGAUUACUCGAGAUGCUGACUCGAAACGUGAGAGAGGCGAAUCUACUGGACCGGCACCAACACCAACAGCUCCAACAAAGCGACGAUAUGACCCCACACCUGCUCCUUUAUCAAGAUCAGCUUCUGCUAUGGAUCUCGAUGAAUUAUCUGCUAACCAACCUAUAACUCUUUCCCAAACCUCCCCUCCUCAACCCACAUUAAGUACUAGGUUCCCAGCUUUAGCUCAAGCUGGGCCAGUCCCCCAAUCCAUGAAUCAAACGAUAACUCCUAGUUCCUUGCCAUCUAAACGCUCCCAUCAUCAGGCUAAUCAACACAGCUUAUCUCAAAUUCCUCAACAACAACAACAACAACCGAUAUCAGCAUCACCAUCAACAACAGCCUCUCAGAUACAACCACAACCGCAACAAAUUCAGAGUCAGCAAGUUAGACAACCAAGAGGUCCUGCUAUGGGCUUCUUCACGACUGAUAAUCAACGUCCCACAUUACAGAGUAAUCUUUCUCAACAAUCUCAGACUGCUUCGCCAAUUUCCGAUCCAACCACACUCGCUUCUCAAAGAUCAGCCCGGGUCGCUGAGGAAGCCCAUCGAGAGAGACAGAAGGCUCUCGAGCAUGAGGUAGAACGAAUGUCACAGGAACAACAACAAGCCAUAAAAAGGCUAGCUUUGCAAGACCAGGCCAGACGAGAGCAGCAGGCUAUUCGAGAGCAAGCUAUUCGAGAGCAAGCGAUUCGAGAGCGAGAACAAGCCCUUCGAGAGCAACAAGCUAUGCGAGAACAGACACAUCGUGAGCAACAGCAAGCUUUCCAGAGACAAGAGCAGAUAAGGGAAAUGGAGGCUAUCGAGCGGCAGCAACAGCAACAAAGGGAAAGGGAGUCGAAACAAGAACAGUUAGAUCGAAAUCUGAAGAGAAAACAAGAGCGUGAUCAUGAGCAGCGUGAACAACGAGAACAACAAGAUCGAAAAGAAAAGCGAGAACAACGAAAUUUUCAGAUGAAGCAAGAGGAAAUUGAUGUCCGAAAUCCACAACAAUAUGAACUAUACUCUGCACACUCUAGCCGUACAGGAUCAAUGGCACCUACAAGACCCGGAGUCACAUAUCCAGCAGUCACCGCAACGGAGAUUCGAAGACAAGCACCGUCUUUAGCACCAAACCAACAAUAUCCGAGAAGUCAAGGUGUCAGGAAUUUGCUUAGUGAUGGUAUGAGUGUUGCACCAAACUUGAUUCCAUCUCCCUCUCCAGCUUUCGGUCGAUCAGGCAUCGUUACCCCGCCCAUUCAAGAGCAGUAUUCAACACCACCACCCCCACCAGCGGCUGUUGCUGCUAUACGUCAGCAAGACACACCAAGAAAGACUUCCAAUAUCAUGUCCUUGUUGAACGAUGAAUCCAGUGAGCCUAGUAGAGCUCCUCCCAUAGCACAAGUCCAACCAAAGAGAGUUGGUGGUUCCGCGGCAAUUCCCAUUCAAAAUUCACAAACUCCACCACCUCAACGUUCAUUACAGACUUCACGAUUUUCAUCGCAUUCAUCUCAACAGUCGCAACAAAUAUCCCAACAAAUUCAACAAAAUCAACAGAUGCAACAGCAGGCUCAGCAUCAACUAUCUUCUCAAACUAAUCCACAGCAUGGGUAUUCCCAACCAUCUUCCCAAUCCAUGCAUCAACAUUCAUCCUCCGUGGGUCGCAGUUACACACCAACACCUUAUGAAGGCCGAAGUCAUGCACCUCCAACUGUACAACAUCACCAGAUGUAUUCUCAACCCUCUCGCCAAGCAAUUAGUUCGCAGUCUUCAUCUAUUCGUCGAGAACCCUUAAAUGAAAUAAAUGCUCCGAGCGGAUACACACGAAGUCCAAUUACCAAGCUUAAUGAAUCACCUUAUUCUGCUACUCCUCCUCCUGCUAGUCAACAGAUGGCACGUCAGACAAUGUCGUCUCCUCAUGACUUACCUCAAGCUUCUGAUCGUGAUAUGUAUAGUCGUCAAUCACAGUUCGCUGUGCCACAACAAACGAAUACACCGGUGGACUUCCAUUCAGGACCUCAAGUGGCAGCUAGUCAUCGAUCUAUGGCAUUCGGACAAAGUGGACAAAGUGGACAUCGAACUCCACCAGCACCACGUGGUCAAUGGAUUCAAGGUCAUCAAGUAGGCCAUCAUGUGCACAAUUCACGACAAAAUAGCUUCGAUGCCCGAAACUAUAAUGCUGCUCUAUCUACAUCAGUUUCAGGUCAGCAAGGUUAUGCUCAAGCACCUUCCCACCACAUGCAAUAUCAACAGCAACAAAAUCAAGAGCGCUUUGAGCAUCACUAUGAGAGAGAACGUGAGAGAGAGAGGCAGGAAAGGGAAAGAGAACAACAAUAUUACCGAAGCAGGGAUGAUCAACGGGAUCCGCGUAGAUAG